AUGUCUGUCCCCGCCUUCUCCGACAUUGCCAAGCCGGCCAACGAUCUCCUCAACAAGGAUUUCUACCACCUCUCUGCCACCACCUUCGAGUUCAAGGACACCGCCCCCAACGGCGUUGCUUUCAAGGUCACUGGCAAGUCCAGCCACGAGAAGGCCACCUCUGCUGCUAUUGAGGGAAAAUACACCGACAAGCCUACCGGUACGACUUCACUAUCUUUUCCUUCAACACCUUUGCUUUCACCGUCUGAAACUCCGUCUCUGUCUCCACCACCCAUACCCAAACCCCGCCGCAAAAAACAAAAUCUCCCCUCUCUCAGUGUAUCGCGAAUCCUUGGGCCCAAAUCUGGUUGGCCGAUCGGAUUUGCGACACUUUUUCAACCCGGCUAUGCUCAGCUGCUAAUGUUCUACUCCCACACAGGCCUGACCCUCACCCAGACCUGGAACACCGCCAACGCUCUCGACACCAAGAUCGAGGUUGCCGACUCCCUCGCCAAGGGCCUCAAGCUCGAGGGUCUCUUCAACUUCCUCCCCGCCACCGCCGCCAAGGGUGCUAAGUUCAACCUCCACUUCAAGCAGCCCGGUUUCCACGGCCGUGCUUUCUUCGACCUCCUCAAGGGCCCCGUCGCCAACGUCGAUGCUGUUGUCGGCCACGAGGGUUUCCUCGCUGGUGCCUCCGCCGGUUACGAUGCCAACAAGGCUGCUCUGACCGCCUACAGCGCCGCUGUCGGUUACGCUGCUCCCCAGUACAGCGCUGCCAUCACCGCUUCCGACAACCUCAGCGUCUUCGCUGCCUCUUACUACCACAAGGUUAACUCCCAGGUUGAGGCCGGUGCCAAGGCUACCUGGAACUCCAAGACCGGUAACGCUGUCGGUCUCGAGGUUGCCAGCAAGUACCGUAUCGACCCCGUCUCUUUCACCAAGGUCAAGAUCAACGACCGUGGUAUCGCUGCCCUUGCCUACAACGUUCUCCUCCGCGAGGGUGUCACCCUGGGUCUUGGUGGCUCUUUCGAUACCCAGAAGCUCGACCAGGCUACCCACAAGCUCGGAGCCAGCUUCACCUUCGAGGGUUAA